AUGACCCAACAAAGCGACCCAACCGACAAUGUUUCGGCCGAUAAGCAAAAUCCUGUAUCUCCUUCUGUUGAGCAUGUUGAUCGCUCAGAAGGAACAUUGCACAACGAAAAAGGUGUUGCUCUAGCCGAUAGCGAUGUCAUUGACGAGGAGUACCGAGCGCGAGAGAAGAAGCUCGUCCGAAAGCUUGACAUGACCCUGAUGCCUAUCAUUUUCAUUCUCUACUUGUUCAACUAUCUUGAUAGGAACAACAUUGCUCAGGCCAAGCUGGACUCAUUCGAAGAGGACCUGGGAUUGACUGGGAAUGAUUUCAAUAUUGCAGUUUCAAUCCUAAACGUCGGAUACAUGCUUAUGCAGCUUCCGUCGAACAUGAUUCUCACGCGAGUGCGACCUUCUAUAUACAUGCCGAUCUGGGUUUGCGCUUGGUCUUGUAUCUCCGCUGCAACGGCGGGUGUCCAUAACUUUUCAGGCCUCAUCGCGGUGAGGUUCUUCCUUGGAGUCUCCGAAGCUCCGUUCUUUCCCGGGGCCUUCUACUUGCUUUCGUGCUGGUACACCAGAAAGGAACUGGCACUUCGCUAUGCUGUACUUUACUCGGGAUUGGUGCUCGCUACAGCCAUAUCUGGCCUCCUCGCCGCUGGUGUCUUUGCUGGGCUUUCUGGUGCGCACGGCCUCGCAGGCUGGCGGUGGCUGUUCAUCAUUGAAGGGGCGGGCAGUUUCUUCGUCGGAGCCGCAGCGUUUUUUAUUCUUCCCGAUUUUCCAACCUCAAAGACUGGCGCGACACAGUGGCUGUUCAAUGAAGGGGAGCGUGAGUUGUCUGUUUCGCGAAUGUCUAGUGACGCUGUGUCGAACCAAGAACAGAACGAAUCCAUCCGAUACGGCCUGAAACUGGCCGUCACAGAUUACAAGGUCUGGCUUUUUGCACUCAUGUUGUGCUCAAAUCAUACUGCAUAUGGAUUCAACAAUUUCUUCCCAGCCAUCGUACGUGGAUUCAAUCUCGGAGACCGAACAAUCACACUCGUAUGCACCGCACCUCCUUAUCUGAUCGGAGCGGUCCUAUCAUACGCCAUUGCAUGGUCUAGCGAUCGAAGGGCUGAGCGAGGCUACCAUAUCUCCAUUCCCAUGAUUGUGGCCAUGGUCGGAUAUAUCGUCAACGUCUCUGUCUUGAAUGUUCCUGCCAGGUAUUUCGCCGCAUUUCUUUACGUGUCCGGUUGUUUCGGCGCAAAUGCAGCGGUUUAUAGCUGGGCGGCGACCUCUGUCAGCCAAACACCUCAGAAGAAAGCCUGCGCGACGGCUAUCAUCAACGUUGUGGGCCAGUUUGGCAAUAUCUGGAGCCCUUAUUUCUUUGACGACAAGGACGAGCCACGAUACACGAAAGCUAUGUUACUCUUGAUGGCAUUUUGCGUUCUCAAUGCUAGCUUGUGUUUCCUCAUGAAAUUCAUCUUGCGCAGGGAGAAUAAGAAGAUCAUUGCUCAGCACGAGGGAACGGCCAUAAUUCCCAACCUUUAUACUCUUUAA